GACUCGAUUCCAACGACAACAGGAUGGGUCCGUGCAUCUCCACGCCCAAGCAAGCCGCGCCCUCGGAAGUCGCCGACUCGGUCGUCAUCCGCCAGCUCCCCGGCGCGUACCCGGAGCUCGCGAAGCGAUGGAGCAUCCAGAACGACUUCAGCACGUGGCCGGGCAUCACCUGGGACGAGAACGGCGUCGCGGGCAACGUCCUCAAGAUCGAUCUCAGCGGGUGCGGCCUCAAGGAGUGCCCGUGGCAGCUCGGCGAGCUCAACUCGAUGACGCACCUCGACCUCUCCGGCAACGACUUCCACACGCUCCCGCCCGAGCUGUCGCAGGCCAAGGCGGUGACGCAUCUCAACCUCUCCGGGUCCAACGUCGGGCUCGCGGAGGACGGCUCCUCGGACGGCCCGCUCCCGGAGUGGGUGUACACGUUUAAGCUCAAGGAGCUCAUUCUCACGGAUUGCGGCAAGCUCAACGACAUCGACGUCGCGCGAUUUCCCAGCCUCGAGACGCUCAACAUCGACGGCACGCAGUUUUUGAACUGGAAGUUCGUGUUCAUCAAGUGCGGCGGGCGGAAGAACCUCAAGACGAUCAGCGCGAGGAACCUGCCCGCGCUCGGCGACCUCCCGGAGGAGCUCGCGCAGUGCACAUCGCUGGAGAGCCUCGACGUCUCCGGCUGCAACUUCACUUCGCUCCCGUCGAUGUUUACGAACAAGGAGCUGGCGCGCGGGAUGAAGCUCAAGACGCUCGUGAUGACGAACAACAAGCUCAAGGAGCUCCCCGACGGCCUGAAGUACCUCGAGUCGAUCGAGACGAUGAACUUCCAAAACAACGACAUCAAGCAGGUGGACAUGGACAUCGGGAGCGACCUCCCCAGCUUGAAGCGCGUGGACCUCACGAAAAACCCGCUCAAGAAGGUGCCGCCGCCGGUGUGGAAGAAGAAGGAGGAGGGCAUCAUCCUCGUGGACGACAACGUCAAGGAGGGAAUCAACGCGGACGACGCCAUGGAGAUGGCGCAGGAUAAGGCGCAGGAGGCCAAGAAGGCUGCGCAGAAGGGCGCAGAUGAGGCCAAGAAGGCUGCGAAGAAGGCGAUGGGGUCGAUCAAGAAGAUGUUCUGAGCGAGCGUCUCGUUCGACGACGACGCUCGCGUCGUUUCGAUGGAUCGUUUCGAUCGACCGGCGAGCGUCGACGACAGUCGAUCUCGCGCGCGUUCGUUUUUAAGUAACCUUAAACCUUAACGUUUC